AUGAAAUGUUUCAUUGGAUGAACGCCACCAUUGAAAAUUGGAAAAAUGGGAAAAUGUGAAAACCUUACGCGGGUCUUUUAAGUUGUUUUGGUUAUAAAAGCUAGCCGUUGACCAUGAUUUUCAGACAAUUUAUGGUCAGAGAUUGUUGCGAAAUGUUUUAUCGUAGAUUUAGAUACGCGAUAGUUGCGGUGUUGAUAAUCCUUCCACUUUUCAGUUCAGCAACCCUAACAAGGCAGCGCAGACGGCCGACCUUAGAACAACAGCUUAAGAAUGACCGAUCUCCGUUUCCCGAUCAAAUAGCGGAGUCUACACAAUUCGAACCAAACCAUUUGAUUUCAGCAUCAUACUCAGCCAAUAAAGAGCCAGGAAAUGUACGACAUGGAAAAAUCAUUGUCAAGUUAGCAGAGCCACAAAAGCAGGAUUACACCGACCCACUCUCUGCUGUGAAAUCAGCUGAAGAAUAUGUACAGAAAGCCCUACAGCUUCAGGCUGGCAUACAAAAAGUCGCUGCCCAACAGCAACCUCUUUUGGCGAUCCAGCAACAAAAUGUUAUUGAACAAAAAUCUAAAUUCCCUGAAUACGAAGUUUAUGAGAACCAUCAGGCGCAAAUCGGUAUUCAACACAGCACCCAGCCCAACUACGAUUCAUACGAUUACACCGAACAAGCUUCGUCAUCUUCAUCCACUCAGAGCUUGUACAGCGGAUACUCUACUGAAACCUACCAGCAUCCAAAGCAACCACAACAAGUGAACCAGCCUUCUGACGCUAAGAACGCCGACUAUCAGGAGCAAUACCCUCAGGCAGGGAAUCCUGAUUACUAUGAGAACACCGAGCAUUCCACAGUGAAAAACCUAGAACUAUACCAACAACUCCUGCAACCCACAGCUGAUAAGGCCGACUACUAUGGUCCAGUACACCAACCAGCUGAAAAGAGUUCGACAUAUCAUGAACACUUAGCUCAGUCGACUAGGAAACCACAUCCUGAAUAUUAUCAGCAGCACGUCCAGAAGCACAAGUCCAAUUUCGAGGACUUGCAUACUGAAAAUCCUCUUAGGGAGGAAAUUUUGAAACAAAUCGAGGAAUCUGUCAACAAAUAUAUGAAAAACCUUGAAAACGGAGGAAAACUACCCCGUGGCACAGUUGAGAAUGAAAAUAAAAAUGUCUAUAAACCCAAGGAGAGGCCUCAGAUCCCUGAGAAACCAACACAUCCCCCUUUGCCCAAUGCUGGUCCGGUCCAUGACAUUGUGAACAAUUUAAACGAUAACAUUCAAUUCAUCUAUAAAGCCAGGACUAGGCCGCCGAUCCCUCAGAAGAUUUCCCUGAACUUUGAUCAUAACGCAGCCUUGAAAAAUUUACAGGAGUUUGACCUAUCCCAUGUCCUUACUGGUGAACAACCUGCUAAGCCUCAACAGCCGCAACACUCAUUUGCCAAAGACAACUAUCCUGAAGUCAACGAACUCAGAUCCCAACAUUUCGAUAACAAACCACGAAAUUUCAAUUUACAUCGGGAAAACCAAAACUUAAACAAGAACAUCCAGGAGACAAGUGUCAGGCCGGUCACGAAUCCUUAUCACGCUAUCGCGGCGAAACACUCAGCUGAGGGCAACUGGCAACCGGUGAAUCCUGAGAAUAUUCAUACCGAUAACGACAGCAGCUACGACACCUACAACCCUAAAUUCAAUAAUAACCCGGACGGGUUUGGGUACCAGCACAACUAUAAAGUGCCUGACGGUCGUGGCAACCAUUCGGCCAAACGACAUAUCAAACCUACGAAGCGAGGAAGACGUGGAGGAAAUAUAAAUCCUGCAAGGAAUAAUUUUAAUUUGAAUAAGGAUAUAGAGGCGAAUGUGGCUCUGAGACCUCCUCCAUAUUAAUUGGAUCCGUGAUGAGGUCCGUGAUGUUAAUUUGAUGUGUUUUUAUAUUUUCUGUGCAACGUACCAAUUAUCCUUGGGUUAAUUUAUUACAUUUAAAGAUACGUUAAGUUUGGGAAAAUAAAGGA